AUGGAUAUUGAUCAAGUUCCCACCGACGCCAGAUCCAAGGAGGUUGUUCGUCUUUGGCGAGCAUGGAGGACCAUCCAUGAGAUGGUCGCGGACCGAGAAUACGAGCUUGCUGAAGAGGAAGUCAAGAUCUCUCUCGACCGCUUCCGCGACGAAUACUGCAACCCCGACGGCUCCAUCAACCGCGCCAAGCUUCAAUUCUCGGCGCGUCCCAGCGAGAACAUGAUCCGCAAAAACACACCUCCUGUGACAGCAGCCAACCCCAACCCCAACCCCGGCGCCGACUGUGGUCCUGUCUGGGUUGAGUUCCUCGCCGAUAAGACCUUCGGCGUCAACCAGAUCCGACAAUUUGCCAAAUAUGUGAUCACGAACAACUACAAGACUGGCAUCAUGGUAACACACGUUCCUCUCUCACCCGCCGCCCGCAAGACUCUCCAGAGUGUCGAGUCCGUCGCUAAGAUCGAGUGCUUCCUCGAGGAUGAUCUUCUUGUCAACAUUACCCACCACGAGCUUGUUCCCAAGCACGUCUUGCUUUCUCGCGAGGAGAAGCUCGCUCUUCUCAAGCGCUAUCGCCUCAAGGAGACCCAACUACCACGUAUUUUACAAAAGGACCCUGUUGCUCGUUACUUGGGUUUGAAGCGGGGCCAAGUCGUCAAGAUUAUCCGAAACAGUGAAACUGCUGGUCGUUAUGCCAGUUAUAGAUUGUGUGUAUAG